AUGCUCCGUGCCUCCUGGUCGGCAGCUGAGCGGCCAGUCCCGUGUGUGGACGGGGAGGGACACCGCGGGGCCACAGCCGGAAGGCUCCGGGCCUUCCCCCGGCCAGUGGUGCUGGCCUCCAGGCUGGGACUCCUCUCCGGACAGGUGACUCCACGAGGAAGCCCCUGCACAGGUGCUGCCUACAAAGCAUUUGAACCUUGCCGGCGUCCGAGUCCCCUGCUGCUCCUGUUCCCCGGUCGGCAGUGA